AGACGUAAAUAUGCUGCGAAGAACGGCGCAUUUCGUGAACGACAGUGGUGUCGGUGGGAGUCAACAAGUAUCGUUGCUUGAAAAGCGACAUUUUGUUCGGAUUUGAGAAGCUGUCCUGUGUUGCUCAGUGCAUGGCCUAUCGGUUCCGUGUGCUGGCCAAACUCGCAGCUCAGCCUCGAGGCGUCUUCACCGCGCUAAGGAUGGCCAGUACGGACUCUGUCGGUUCGCCGGGCCUUGGCUCUGCCCCGGCUGCCGCCCCGGCCCCGGCCGCCGCCCCAGCCCCAGGCUUGUCUCCGUCCAAGGACGACAACCGUCAGCAGUCGCUGGCGUCGCUGGCGCGCGCGUGCUCGGCGCUGUUCCGGGACGAUGUGAGCGAGCACGGCCAGCGGCUGGCCAUCGGGCUGGCCUCGCUGGCCGACCACUACGAGGCCACGGCGGCCAAGGCGGACCAGGUGCGCGCCGUCUGCCGCCAGUUCGACUUCUCCGAGGCGGUGCCCGGCAACGGGUACCGCUCGUUUGUCGACAUGUUCGACAAAAUGGUGAACGCCAGCCACGAGACGUGUCUGAAAAUCCGGAACGGGAACGGCCGCCGCCAGCUGAGCCGCAAGGAGUGCGCCAAGGACGUGGAGGCCUGGUGUCAGUGGAUGGUCUCCAUCGGCACCAUGAUGGAGCACCUGAACACGCUGAUCGGCUGGAGCGAGCCCGGAUCGCUGUUCCCCGACGCCAAGCACUCGCCGAUCGAGCUGCUCAAAAAGGCCGAGGAGAUCAACCAGUACUGCUUCUACGGAAGGAUGAUGGGCUCCCAGUACUGCCCCUCAAUGCAGGCGGUGCUGAUGCGGAUAGCGUGCUUCAUGUGCAUGUACAGCCACUACUUCUACAACACGGGCAGCACGUUCCGUCGCUGGGCCACCGCCUCCGUGUUCUUCCGGCGCAUCCUCAGCGACCCCGAGUACCGCGCCAAGCGCAUCGUCAACAUCUCCCGCUACGCCGACAUCGACUUCUGCAAGGGCUUCUGGUCGCAGCAGGAGAGCGAGUUCCUGCAGAUGUACCCGGAGGUGGCGUGUCCGGCCGCCGCAGUCAACAUCACCGUGGGCCUGCCGCCCGAGCCGCUGCAGGUGCCGCGUGCAGACGGAACGGGCACGGUGGACAUCGCGCCGCCGACGGUGCACAUCGGUCCCGACUCGAUCCACUGCCGGCUGCUUUCCACCCGCCGCAGGGAGGGUAUGCUCGGCGGUCGCGCCUCCAAGCCGGCCAAACUGCCGCCCAGCCCCUGUCUGAUCGUGCACUGUCACGGUGGCGGCUUCGUGGCGCAGUCCUCCAAGUCGCACGAGGUCUACCUCCGCGAGUGGGCGCGCGACCUGGACGUGCCGUUCUUCUCGAUCGACUACUCGCUGGCUCCGGACGCGCCGUUCCCCCGUGCGGCGGACGAGGCGUUCUACGCGUACUGUUGGGCCGUGAAGAACUGCCGCCUGCUGGGCUCCACCGGUGAGCGGAUUAUCGUGGCCGGCGACUCGGCGGGAGGGAACCUGGUCACCACAGUCACCAUGCAGGCCAUCCAGCGCGGCGUGCGCGUGCCCGACGGACAGUUCCUGGUCUACACGCCGUUCAACACCUCCUUCACGCCGUCGGCCGCCCGGCUGCUCUGCGUCAUGGACCCGGUGCUGCCACUCGGCUUCCUGAUGCGCUGUCUGCACGCGUACGCCGGCCACGCGCGCGGCGGCGCCGUGCACGCCCCCCGGCCGGAGGACUACGCCGUCCCGGAGUCGGAGGGUGGGGACUCGGCCGAGCCGAACGGCGAGGGCGAGAAACCGGAGGCGGCGGCGGCGGCGGCGCGGGCUACGGAGGACGACUCACCAGAGGUGCCCUACACGCUGAACCCCAAGCGACGCAAGCUGGGCCACACGCUGGCCAGCCACGACCUGGACACGCUGGUGGCCAACUCGCUGACGGACGAGUUCCGCUACUUCGAGGUGGACCCCGACCCGCGCCUGAGCCCCUUCUUCGAGCGGGACGAGGUGAUGUCGCGCUGCCCGCCCACGCACAUCCUGACGUGCCACCUGGACCCGUGUCUGGACGACUGUGUGAUGAUGGCGCGCCGCUGGCGGGCGCUGAACGUGCCGGUCGGCCUGACCGUGCUGGACGGCGUCUGCCAUGGCUUCCUCAACUUCGCGCGCUUCUCGCCGGAGGCGCAGGAGGGCUCGCGCCGCUGCGUGGAGCUGCUCCGCCAGCUACUGAUGGAGAAAUAGGCGGCCGGUGGGGCGGCUGUACGACCUCCGCCGGCUGCCAGCGGCCGUUAAAGUAAGUCAGCGGCGGGCUGAGGGAGACCCGGGGCCCGUAUCGCUGAUACGUAGCACAAUGUGGUGUCAUUGCGCUGACUCGUGUGAAGGUCCACAGAUUUGUGUUUGUGUGUCAUAGUCAGUUCCUCUUGUUGGACGUGAUGUAGUUAAAACGCUGGUAGCGAUAAAAUGGUCGGUUAGGGAACAACUUUUGCUUUUGUUUCAAUCCCCCCUUCAUGAUGCAAUGACAAAUUGACAAGCCGUCCUUCCCUUCAUUUUCGCGUAUUUUCCAGUACAGAUAUGGAUAAUUCAGGAUUGCGGCCAGAUAUUUAUAUCACCUUUUACAUAACGCGUCGUAUGAACAAAGUUUUAUCCAGCUUGUCACAACAUUUCAAAUAUGCCUAAGUAUGUUGCUGGAGCUUGGACCACAGCCCCAUGGACAGGGAAUUUAUGCAUGUUGCUUGUGGUAAUUAAGUGUGAUCACAAUGGCCAUUUUGGAGAUGAUGCCCUUUUAGGAACUGUAGUAUGGUUUAAAUUAGGUAGCGUUGAUUGAUUCUCAUGCCUUACUGUUUCUACAUUGAAUGCAGUCAAUAUGGGUAAGCUUAGCCACGUUUGGGCCGCGUUGCUGACGCAGUGUGUUGCGCUCGUGUGCAAUAGAUUUGCUCUUGUUAUGGGUGUUAAGAAGUGAAAGGGACAGAGAUGAACCUCUGUUACGCCAAAUGGCAUGGGCUUUCUCGGCUGAAAAAUAAAAUAAAAUAAAUAAACGGCGGUCGAUAGUUGCCCCACAUGCUCAUAGAGAGCUCACUAUUUUCGUUCAAGACCAAUGUCAAAUCACUUGUGAUGAUGGAUCACAUGAAAAUUUGGGGCAGAAUAUUGGAAUGAUCAUAGUAUAGUUAGAUAGACAUAUUGCGUACCGAAUAUAAAAGUUAUUGUUUUUGUUAUUGCUGCUGUUUUAACUGGUAGAGCCGCGACCAAGUUGCUUGUGCGAAUCGUGAAGUUUGCAUCAUAUUCACGACCAUACUCAACAUUAGGAUUUGGAGAGCACUCGUUUUGUCUAUCAUUGUUGACCGACCUCCGUAUCUUAUUACAAGAGAUACCCAUUGAAUCGGUCCCAACUGGUUGCAAGCUUUCAGGCGUUGCCACUAAGCUUUUAGUCUUAUUUUGCGUAGCCUGCUUCGAGACGCGUAUAUGUGCCUAUGUAAACUUCUGUUGUAUGCUAUUUAGUUUGUGAAAUCCCCAUGCAUAUCUGUAAAUUAGGAAAAGUUGCGUCCUUUUUAGGUGUGUCUGCAAGGAACCAAUGCUUCCCCGCAGUCCUGAGUGGUUUUGGAGCCGUGCUCUCCGUGUGUUUUGGGAUCCUGUGAUGUAAUAUUGUAGUGCUUGUCUAUAUUUAUUUCACAGUUUUGUGUUUUUCACAAAAUGUCAACUUACUUCUUAAUUAUACACUCGGAUAUACCGGUAUCAGCUACUUAAUUUUCAUACACCUUUCAGUCACCUAAGAAACAAAAUAGUGUGUUACACCGUGUUGGCUUGCGACUGUUGUUCAGUCGUAUCGGCACAUUAUCCGAUGGACAGCUCUUUACCGCAAUGAAUCGCCCGUGAACCGCUCAUGGCUGCGUAAGGAAAUGCGUUAGAUGUGCGCGCGUACGGUGUUCCUACGAUAUUCUACGUGUCAACUCGAUGUUCAAAUGGGCGCUUAAAUUUCUGGAUAGCCUGUGCCCUCGAUAUGAUCCCUGUACUUUGUCCUAUGUUCCGUUCGUGUCAAGUGUUCAGGCCUGUUAUGAGGCCCACGUAUCUGCCUCGCUAGCUAUGCUCUCGUCGUCUUCCUGUUGCCCGUGGUUCCUACCAUAUCUGGUCUAUGUAUUAUGUAGGAUCCACGUAUCGUUCGCGUCAUAUCUAUGGUGCCACACCGGUCGCUGAUGGUCUCCGGCAGUGUGAUUGUGGCCGGUUGUUCGACCCACUCCUGUCCCCCCGUGCUCCCCCGCUGUUACGCUUCCCAUGUGCCACGCUCAGUGUCGUGUCGCCGUGUGAUUCGGUGGUGCGCUGUUCACUGUUGCGCCGUCGAGCUCUCGUCUUCCCCACUGGUGUAUCGUUGAGCCGGACAGUUGUCUCGUUUCCCUCGCUGCUGUAUCAGGGACCGACUAGGGCGCUGGUUAGGCACCAACCAUUGUUAACGGUGGCGGUCACUGCGUGGACUGCCCACCGCGUAACGCUGUUAUUCGUGCUUGUUGGAUGUGCCGCUGAGGCCGGCUCACGGGACCGGCAGUCUCUUGGACUGGUCUCUAUGGGUCAGUGAGCGGUCAGGCCGUCUGGCCGUCCGGUCAGGCCGUCUGGCCGUCCGGUCAGGCCGUCUGGCUGUCUUUGUGUGGACGUGUAUGUGUGUUUGCUUCAGAGACGCUACCAAAGAGCCCGCGCCGGUCGCCGUCUGGACAGUGUGCGUAUGUCUGUGCGUUUGUCAGUACGAGCUUGCGCGCUUCGGUCUGCGGAUGUCGCCGUCUUUAUCGAGUGGACCGCUGCCCGCUCCGCUCCCUCGUGAGGGAGGUUAUUUGUUGACGCUGCCAAAGUCUAAAUAUUGUCUGCCCAGAUGAAUGUCUAUGCCAUCAGUUAUCAAUACAGGGCAGAAUGUUCAA